UUUAUUCAACUUUAUUUAUGUCAACUUCUUCAUCUCUCAUUUCUGCGGGCAUUGCCAGUUCAGAAGACGAUUUUGCUGAGGAAUAUGAUACUGAAAUUGUCAAAACGGUAAAGAACCACCUGCGUGCUUUCAAUUUAACCGAUGAAGGACUUCGAAGGCUUAUGGACAUUUUGCAAACGAAUUUAGUAGCUGCGUUAAAAUCAGAACAAAGCGGUAUGAUGUUGCCGACUUUUAUUACUGAGACGAAUACUACAAUAAAAAGCCGUGCGAUUGCUCUAGACAUGGGUGGUACUCGAUUGAUGUCGUUUGUUGCAACAGUACUCAAACAAUUUUUGGCAAAAUAUAAUUUAUUGGACAAUAAUUUGCCUUUGGGAUUCACAUUUAGCUUUCCAUGUCAUCACAAUACCAACUCAAUUACUUCAGCUUCGCUUGUUGCAUGGACUAAAGAAUUUUCUGCCUAUGGUUAUACAAAUGAAGAUAUUACCAAUUUGCUUAUUGAUGCUUGUCUUAAAGAGGAUAUCAAACUGGGAAUUGUUACAAUUAUAAACGAUACUGUUGGUACUUUACUUGCCUGCUCUUUAGAAAACGAAUGCCAAGUUGGGGUUGUGCUUGCAACAGGUUUCAAUGUUGCUUAUAUCGAACAUGGGGAAAAUGUUUCAAAGCUUAAGAAUCUUCAAAAAAAGGUUAAAGAAAUUUCAAUCAACACUGAAGUUGGUGCAUUUAGUGAUUUGGAAGCGUUGGAACCUUACCGGACUAAAUUUGAUCGAAUGUUGGAUGACACAACUAAUAAUAGAAGGCGCCAAUUAUUUGAAAAGAUGGUCUCUGCAUUAUAUUUGGGCAAAUUAUUCAAGAUCGUUGUAGAUGAUUUGUUUAAAAACAAAUUGAUUUUUAAAGGAAAGCCAAAUAUUAUUCAACAGCUUCAAAAGAGGAAUUUUUUUAUUACGCCUACCAUGACCGAAAUUGCUGAAAACUAUCGAAUUUAUGACAAACCACUUGGACGUAUUCAACAGCUAGUAAAUACAGAUGGAACUUCAUUAACUGACUGCAAGGUUUUGGCAGUUGUUUGUAAUUCAAUUUGUUCCCGGUCUGAAUUGCUUGCCGCUGCUGGUGUCGCAACAGUUUGUCGAUUCAUCAUUGGAGAAAAUAUCACCGUUGGAGUUGAUAGUUCAAUAUUCUACAGCGAUUCUGGUUUACAACGAUUUGAGAAAAAAAUUGAAUGUUUUGCUGAGGCAGAUAAAAAGAUCCGACUUCUUCGAAUUAAUGAGGGUAGUGGACGGGGAGCGGCCGUGGCGGCCGCUUUGGAGGCCAAUGCUAUUGCUGAAGAAAGUUUGUGGUCGUUUUGCUCUGUCUUAUAGCACAAAGCCAAGAAGUUGUACCGCAGCAAAAGGAAAAAUAUUUGCCUCCACAAAUGCGUAAAAAACCUCAGGAACAAUAAAAUAAUGAUAGAUGGUUUUAUUUUUUUAUAAAAAUUGUUGGGAAUUUAUUUGCUUUGUUUGACUGUUAUUCCUUUUAAAAAUAAUGUUUUUUGGGGUAUUUGAUCAAAAAAAAUUUUUUUUUUCUGUUAUAAUCUUUUGCAGGAGCAUGAAUAUUUUUUUUAAUUUUUGAGAAGUUUUUCUUUCAAAAUUCAAAAAUUAAGAAGCCAUUUUAUUUAUUAAAAAAUUUUUUCGUUUUUUUUUCUGGUCCUGCAAUAUAUUUAAUUUUAUUUUCCCUUUUUUUCUUUGUCGGUCACUUUUGUGAACAUAUAAAAUAUCAUAUUGUCAAGUUUAUUGUCACUACAGUUGAUAUUUUAGACCGGACCCAGACGAGGUCUCGAUCAAAAAUCUUGCCUCAAAAAUCUCCCUCAAAAAUUUUGAAUUUUUCGAGAUCUCGAUUCU